AUGUCAGACUAUUGGAAACCCCAGUCUGACCCCCUAAGCUAUUCUCCAGGAGACUACCACCCCGCCAGCAGUGCAGUUUAUGUCGUUCCUGACCCUUUCAACAUAAACUCGCCCCGACAGGACCACGGUUGCUCAUCUUCAAUGAAUCUUCACCCACCAUCAUACCAAACAGAUUUCUAUCCAUCAGUGAUAUCGAGCAUGGUGCCUUUGUCCAGACCCACGGAGCUGGAGAGCAUGGACGAGGAGAUGGAGGAAGACUACGCCUCGAUGGCAUCGGCGUCAUGCAACAGCUCCCAGCCGUGCGAUAGACAGACAGACUGGGCCUACUCCCCAAUGAUGGACUCGCCCUGCCCAUCGUUUGAAUCCCUCGGUCACGACUCACGCGAACCCUUCCUCAGAGACAAGCUCGCUCCAUUUGAGCCACUCUACCUUCAUGAUUACGAGCACGGCAUCCAUUCGGUCCUUUCCGAGGAGCAGGCCGUUUACCAGGACCUCGUCAUCGAUACUCGGUGUGCACCGCCCAUCAUUUUUGGGCGUGAUGACCACACUCAGAUCUCUCCCUCGGAUGUUACCCCUUCGCCGUUGGCAUCGAUGGAUUAUAAUCUACCGGAGCCAUCUGACUGGCGGACUCUCUACCAACCCCCAUUCCCACAACAACAGCAACCACCCUCAACGCCACCUUUUGUAUCCUUGACCGUUCCGUCAUCCAUUCCCAUUCAUCAACCCCGUCCCAUCCGUAAACCCAAUUUUCGUAUGAUGGAGUUCGCGGCAUCCCUAGAGGCAGAGGCGGCUGUCGGCUCAUCUCCCCAUGAUUCUCUUCAUCUUUGCCAAGGUCCAUCGAGUCAUCCACAUCUGCCCAUCACUCACAUUGACGGCAUGGGGCGUUAUUAG